CGCUCCCGGCCCCGCUCCCCGCCAUGCGGAGUCACCUCCCGCCCUGCGCUGCCUGAACCGGGGGGCCCGGGGGGGGGGGAACCCACCGGGCCCGUGCUGCCGCCUGCCAGCCAUGGAAACAAACAACCAUUUCAGCUUCUCUGCUGCCUCAGGACCCAAGCCCACGCCUGCCUCAGGGGACAGCUCCUUUGCCCACGGCUCCCCGCUCAGCUUCCCCCCGCAGGGGAAAAGUCUGAACGGGGGCAUGAAUGUCAAUGGCUUCUCUACUGUAUCUCACCCCAGUACUUCAGGGACCCUGGUGCCCGGCUCGCCGCCCGCGGGCACGCCGCCGCUGCGCGCCUACGACUGCCUCUGGGACUAUGCAGCCUACCCGGCCGGGGGCCUCAAGGAUGGCAGUGCCAGCGCCGCGCCGCUCCCCGGCCUCGCGCAGUUCCCCCUCAACGGCGUGGCGGGAGGCUCCCGGCCGGCGUCCCCCGGGCACGGUGCCAACCUGCGGGGCGCCGGGCAGGAGUUCUGGGGCAACGGCACCUCCGGCCCCAUGGGGCUGAACUUCGACUCGCAGGAGCUCUACGACUCCUUCCCCGACCAGAGCUUCGAGCUGAUGCAGAACGGCCCUGACAGCUUCUACGCAGCCUCCCAGCCCUCCCCCAUGCUGGGCUCUGCCACCGAGCCCUUCCCGCUGCCCCCGGGCCCGCCCGAGGAGCCGGGCGCGGGCGAGGGAGAUGCUGGCACCGCCAAAGAGAUGCCCCCUGGCAUCGUGGAGAACGGCGAGGGGCUGGUGGGCAGCAUGGAGCUGGAGGAGGCGCAGCCAGACUUGAAGAUCUGUGGCUACAACGGCUCCGGCCCUGGCACGGUGCCACUCGGGCAGGAGGGGCCUGUCCUGGCGCCCAGCACGGGCAGUGGCUGCCUGGGGGGCACGUCGCCCAUCGCCCCUCGCCUGGAGGACACCCCCAUCCUCAGCGAGGACCCUCUGGAGCCCUUCGAGUCCCUGGCCAGAGACCCUGGCACCGGGGACCUCUAUGCCAUGGACGACUCGCAGCUGGUGAGCGACAAGUCCCCCCUGGAGGAGCCCCCGGACCUGCCCCCCCUCCAUGCCGCCGGCCCCUUCGGGCUGCUGCCCGCCGGCCCCUCGCCCACGCCGCUGCUGGAGGGCCCCGGCUCGCCGCCCGCCCUGCCCGAUGACAGCGUUGAGCUGAACAGCAGCAGCCACAUGGGGCUGGAGGAGUCCCUGGAGCUUGACCCGCCUCUGGAGCCAGAGUCCUCAGCCCCAUCUGCGGAGGAGGAGGAGGAGGAAGAGGAGGAGGAGGCUGCUGAUAGCUGUCCGGAGACAGCAGCUGCGCCAGGGGAGAUUGAGGAGGCUGCCACGCUGAGCACCUCCGCCGCAAGUGAUGUCCCGCGCCGGCGCAUCGCCACCCCGGACGAGGUUCGCUUUCCCCUGCAGCAUGGGUGGCGUCGGGAGGUGCGGAUCAAGAGGGGGAACCAUCGCUGGCAGGGUGAGACCUGGUACUAUGGCCCCUGCGGGAAGAGGAUGAAGCAGUUCCCAGAGGUGAUCAAGUACCUGAACAGGAAUGUGGUGCAGGACGUCCGCCGGGAGCACUUCAGCUUCAGCCCUCGCAUGCCGGUGGGAGACUUCUACGAGGAGCGAGACACAGCGGAGGGCCUGCAGUGGGUGAAGCUGAGCCCCGAGGAGAUCCCCGCGCGCAUCCAGGCCAUCACGGGCAAGCGCGGCAGGCCUCGCAACGCCGAGAAGACCAAGGCCAGGGAGCCCCCAGCUGCCAAGCGCGGCCGGGGGCGGCCCCCCAAGGCCAGGACGGAUCUGCUCAGCAAGACAGACGCACGGCUGCUGAAGAAGUUGGAAGCCCAAGAGGUGCUCAGCGAUGAGGACAAGCUGAAAAUGAGCAAAAUCAAGAAGAAAAUGAGGCGGAAGGCCAAGAACAAACAGAAGCAGGAAGCCAAAGCCCCCAGGGUGAAAGAGGUCAAGAAGAAGUCCAAGGCCAAGGAGAAGAAGGGCAAGGCAGAGAAGGGCAAGGAGAAGGCAAGGCCCAGGGAGAAGAAGGGCAAAGGGCCUCGCAAGGCAGACAAAGGCCUCCUGGCCCAGCGGCGGCUGGAGGAGCGCCGGCGGCAGCAGCUCAUCCUGGAGGAGAUGAAGAAGCCCACGGAGGACAUGUGCCUGGGGGACCACCAGCCCCUGCCAGCCUUCUCCCGCAUCCCAGGCCUCAUCCUGCCCAGCAGAGCCUUCUCCAACUGCCUGACGGUGGUGGAAUUCCUGCAGAGCUAUGGCAAGGUCCUGGGCUUCGACCCUGCCAAGGAUGUGCCCAGCCUGUGUGCGCUGCAGGAGGGGCUGCUGGGGGUGGGUGACAGCGUGGGCGAGGUGCAGGAUCUGCUGGUGAGGCUGCUGCAGGCUGCGCUCUAUGACCCUGGGAUGCCACCUUACUGCCAGUCCCUGAAGAUCCUGGGGGAGAAGGUGUCUGAGAUCAGCCUGAACCGUGACACAGUCUCCGAGGUCCUGCGCUGCUUCCUGACCGCCUACGGCGCGGGCGAGGAGCUGUGCCAGGCGCUGCGCACCAAACCCUUCCAGGCACUGCCCCCCGAGCAGAAAGCUUCCAUCUUGGCCUUCCUGGUCAACGAGCUCAACAGCAGUGCCCUCAUCAUCAAUGAGAUCGACAAGACCCUGGAGAGCAUGUCCAACUACAGGAAGAGCAAAUGGAUCAUCGAGGGCCGGCUGCGCAGGCUGAAGGUGGCCCUGGCCAAGAGGACUGGGCGGCCCGAGGCGGAGCUUGGCGGCUGGGAGGAGGGCCGGCGGCGGCGCAGCUCCCGACUGACCGAGGAGGCGGAGAUGGAGGAGGAGGAGGAGAGCCGAGGACGGAAAUCCCGCAGGGAGGAGGAGGCUGACACAGCUGCGUCCAGCAUCCCAGAGCUCGAGAGGCAGAUUGAGAAGCUGGUGAAGAGGCAGAUGUUCUUCCGCAAGAAGCUGCUGCACUCCUCACAGACCCUGCGAGCAGCUUCCCUGGGCCAGGACCGGUACCGGAGGCGCUACUGGGUCCUGCCCCACCUGGGCGGCAUCUUCGUGGAGGGUGCAGAGGCGGCCGAGCCAGUGCCACAGGAGCCUGAGGAGGAGAAGCCUUCCCCUCGCCUGUCACCCCUCAAGCAGGAGCCCCUCAAGCAGGAGCCCUUGAAGCAGGAGCCCUUGAAGCAGGAGCCCCUGGCCCUGCCCAUCCCCAGCCGGACCAGCUGCACAGCCUCACGCUCCCGCGGCCGUCCCCGCAAGAGCAAAGAGGAACUGCCCCAGCACUGCGGGCCCAGGCCCCCCCCUGUCAACGGGGUCCUGGAGGAGCCGAUGCCCCUCGGGCAGAGCCAGCACGACCUCAGCCAGUCUGCCUUCCUGUCCUGGCUGAGCCAGACCCAGUCCUCCCUGCUCAGGGACUCCGUCCUCACCCCAGACAGCAGCCCCGGCAAAGGGGACACGGGGGCCUCCUCCCUGCUCGAGACCCCUCCCAACCACACUGAGGUGGAGGAAGAGGAGGAGAAGGAGAAGAAGCAAAGUGUCUCUCAGGCUGCUGACAAGCAGGGCCCCUGGUUCAACCUGCUGCCCCGGACGCCGUGUGACGGCCGGGCCCCCCUCGCUACCUCCUCCGCGGAGCCUUCGCCGCGAGCCAGCGCCCAGCCCCGCGCCCAGCCCCGCAGUGAGCUGCCCAAGGGCCCAGCCCGGCAGCUCAACGGCCUCCCUGUGGAUGACCCUACCACUCCCCUGCUCGCUUCCACGCCGGUGCCUGCUGGUGCCAGGGCCCAAGGUGCCUGUCCCCGGAGCCGGGGCAGCCUGGAGAAGCUCCAGGACCCACCGGGGCAACCCAAGCGCCGAGGGCGACCUCCCAGCAAGUUCUUCAAGCAGAUCGAACAGAAGUACCUGACCCAGCAGACAGAGCAGCCUGUACCCCCCGAGAUGCAGAGCGGCUGGUGGUGGCUGCAGGACCCUGAGGAGCUGGAGGCGGUGGCUCGGGCGCUGCACCCGCGGGGGAUCCGGGAGAAGGCCCUGCACAAGCACCUCACCAAGCACAAGGAGUUCCUGCGGGAGGUCUGCCUGAGGGCCACCACCGACCCCAUCUUCCACCCGCGCCCCGAGGCGGCCGCGGCCGCCGUGACUCAGGAAGCCCUGGCCCGGUGGUCGGUGAUGGAGAGAGCCUACGAGACCGACCUGGCCGUGCUGCAGUGGGUGGAGGAGCUGGAGCAGCGAGUGCUGAUGGCCGACCUGCAGAUCCGGGGCUGGACGUGCCCAACCCCUGACUCCACGCGGGCUGACCUGCAGUACUGCGAGCACAAGGUGGAGCCGCUGGAGGACAUCACGAUCCGGAGCCGCCGGGAGGGUCUGCCCCUGUGCCGGGAGCCAACCAACCCCUUGGACCUGGCGGUGCUGCGGCUGGCGGCGCUGGAGCAGAACGUGGAGCGGCGCUACCUGAAGGAGCCGCUCUGGCCCCUGCACGAGGUGGUGGUGGAGAAGGUGGUGCUGAGUGGCCCCGAGGAGCCGAGCCUGGGCCCCACCGAGAUUGCCUACGAGAUCACCCCCCGGGUGCGGACCUGGCGGCAGACCCUGGAGCGCUGCCGGAGCGCGGCGCAGGUGUCCCUCUGCAUCUACCAGCUGGAGAAGUCGAUCGCCUGGGAGAAGUCGGUCAACAGGGUGACCUGCCUGGUGUGCCGGCGAGGGGACGACGACGAACAGCUGCUGCUGUGCGAUGGCUGCGACCGCGGCUGCCACCUCUACUGCCACCGGCCCAGGAUGACUGAGGUGCCCGAGGGCGACUGGUUCUGCUCCGUCUGCGUCUCCCGGUCAGGGGCGUACCGGGACCCCAUCUCCCCCCGGCGAGGCAAGAAACGGAAACGAGGACGUCCCUUUGCGGGGAGCUUCCCGGAGGAGGAGGAGAGCCCUCGGCGCCGGCCGGCCUCACGCCGCCGCCAGGGGCUGCCUGCGCCGCGCUGCAUGGGCCAGGGGCUGCCCCCCAGCAAGCGGAGGAGCAGCACGGCGCGGGGCCAGCCCAGCGACCUCACCUUCUGCGAGAUCAUCCUGAUGGAGAUGGAGUCGCACGAGGACGCGUGGCCCUUCCUGGAGCCUGUCAACCCCCGGCUGGUCCCUGGCUACCGCAAGAUCAUCAAGAACCCGAUGGACUUCGGCACCAUGCGCGCGCGGCUGCUGCGGGGAGGGUACUCGAGCUCGGAGGAGUUCGCCGCCGACGCGCUGCUGGUGUUCGACAACUGCAGGACGUUCAACGAGGACGACUCCGCGGUGGGGCAGGCGGGGCUGGCCAUGCGGCAGUUCUUCCAGAGCCGGUGGGAGGAGUUCUAUCAGGGAAAACAAGCGGCCCACCCGUGAGCGAGGGGGGGGGCACACGGCCCCGACACCCCCCCCCCCUCCCCUCACCCACUCCCUUUUCCCACCACCUUCCCGACUGGGGCUGGGGUCUCCCCUGUGCA